CAGAGUGCUCACAUUGUUACUGGUUCACACUUCAGUCAGACAUUUCGUCUCGGAUACAAGUUAAUUAUUAUUUGUAAAGCAAAAGGAGAUCCACGACCAACCAUAAAAUGGUAUAAAGAAGGCGCUGAACUUCAUCCAAAGCAUAACACUCACUACUACGAGAAACCACUCGGUGAAGAUAUGCUCUGGAGCAAGUUGGAAAUAGAUCCAGCAACGAUGGGUGAUCAAGGAGUGUAUGCAUGCGUUGCCAACAACCAGCAUGGAGUGAUGGCAAAGAACUUCAAGGCUGAAUACACCUAUUGA